UUUUUCCUUUUUUCCUAAUAAGUAAUAAUUUUGUUUGUUUAUUUAUUUAUUUAUUUAUGUUAUGGGCAUUUUUUUACAAGGAAGAGAUGAAGAAAUGAUAUUUUAAGAAAAUAUUUGGGAAAAUUAUGGAUUUUUUAAAUCAAUUUUUAGAUACGAGGUGAAUUAUUUCAAAGAAAUUGACCAGUGUUUUGACAUUAUAAUCCAAAUUUAUAAAAUUUUAAAUUUGAGGUUCAGAUUUCAGGCUUCCAAAUGCAUGUAAACAUUUUUAAUAUUAGGUCACAUGGAUGUUGAGUUUUAUUCAAAUUUGUAUAAAUUCAAGUUCAAUAUUCAAACUUCAAGUUCCUAAAUACGUGAUUAUUUAAAUAUAGAAUAUGAAGGCAUAAUGAGUCUUCAUGAGAUUUAAAAAAAUUAAAUAAAUUUGACAUCAAAAAUAAAAAACGAACUGACAUCAUUUGGGAAAAAAAAAAACAUUUUAUUAAAAGGAGGGCAUUCAUGAAAUAUUUUUUUUAAAAAUAAAAUUUUGAAAAUUUUAUGUUUUUAAAAACCAAAAUAUAAAAUAUUAUAUUUUCUAUAACAAAAAAUUGAUUUGUAAAUGACAAAAAAAAUAAUAAAUAAAAUGAAAUUUUAGGAGAAGCAUUCAAAAUCAAAAGUAUCAUAAUUUUUUUUUUCUAUUCGUAGUUACUAUAAUAUUUUCCAUAAUUGAAAGGCCUUUGAACACCUGCUCCUAUCAAAUCAAAAGUACCUCUUCACCUUAUGAUUUAUUUUUAUGCCUUUAAUUAGCAUUUGAUUUGUAGGUUUAAUCAAAUUUUAGAAUUCUCAAUAAUUUUAAGAUUAUUUAAUAAUCACAUUUUUUAUUAGAAUUUUGUUUAUCAAGGUACAUAUUUUCAUAAUAUAAUCUAAAUUCUCGAUGCAAAAAAAUUACGGAAGUUGAAAUUGACAGCAAAAAUUUACUCACAUUUUAAAAAUUCAGAAAUGUCUUUCAUUUAAAAUUAUUUUAUGAUCAUUUUUAAAAGCAAACAAGACAUAAAAAUACUGCAUGCUCAAAAUUUUUCAAAGAAUUUUUCAUUUCAAGUAAUUUUGUAUUCCCAUAUAAAAUAAUUUUAAAAAUUAUAAUACGAAAAGGCCUGAUCCAUGCUGCCGACCAAACGUCAUUAUUAUUUAAUUUUAUUCACCAAAAAACAAAAAUAAAGAGAGGAAUGAGCUCAGAUCCACGGAUUUUAUGGUAGGACGGUUAACACUAGAUCCAAACCUUUAUUCCCGCCUCCCGCCCGAAGCAACAGCGCCGUCACCAACAACCCUUCCUCCUUGCUCGCUUCUUCUUCUCCUCACUCCUCUCUAAACCAACCCUUCAACGUUACUCUCUCUCUCUCUCUUUUUCUUCUCAUUACUCUAUUUUUCUCUCAGUAGAUAUUUUUUUCUCACACUAUAAAUAUGGUCUGACACUUCAACUAGAGAAAGUGGAUUCCUCUGGGAGAGAGAGAUGGAGAAUUUGGUUGUUAUAUCUUUUCUGCUUCUUCUUUUCUCUUCCGCGGCGGUGUCCUACGAUCUUCGCCUGCCAUCAAAUGCGAAUUUCCCGUCGAUUCAGGCGGAGAAGCUGAUCAGAGAGCUCAAUUUGAUCCCCAAGGAUGCAGGCGAUGUCGUCCGCUCCGGAGAUUCUUCUGUGGAUCCGAACAUCGUCGAAAGGCGUUUCAGAUUCCCCGGUCUCGCUGGUCAGGGAGUACCUGUCGAGGACCUUGGUCAUUAUGCCGGAUAUUACAAGAUAAAGCAUUCUCAUAAUGCUAGGAUGUUUUACUUCUUCUUUGAAUCACGCAGCAACAAGAAAGAUCCUGUUGUUAUCUGGUUGACUGGAGGGCCUGGGUGUAGCAGUGAAUUAGCUCUUUUCUAUGAAAAUGGGCCGUUUUCCAUCACAAACAACUUGUCUGUUGUAUGGAAUGAGUAUGGUUGGGACAAGGCAUCAAACCUUCUCUAUGUUGACCAGCCUAUUGGGACUGGUUUUAGUUAUAGCUCUGAUAAACGUGACACUCGUCAUGAUGAAGACGGUGUUAGUAAUGACCUAUAUGACUUCUUACAGGCCUUCUUUGCGGAGCACCCUCAGUUCGCGAACAAUGAUUUCUACAUAACUGGAGAAUCAUAUGCAGGGCAUUAUAUUCCUGCCGUAGCUGCUCGAGUCCAUCAAGGAAACAAAGCUAAAGAUGGAAUUCAUAUAAACUUGAAGGGAUUUGCCAUUGGAAAUGGACUCACUGAUCCCGCAAUCCAAUACAAAGCUUACACUGAUUAUGCAUUGGACAUGGGGAUUAUUAAGAAAACUGAUUUUAAUCGCAUUAAGAAGAUCAUUCCAGUGUGUGAAAUGGCGAUAAAACUCUGCGGCACUGAUGGUACAAUCUCUUGCAUGGCUUCAUAUUUUGUUUGCAAUACCAUAUUCAGUAGUAUAAUGCUGCUCGCUGGUGAUACUAAUUACUAUGACAUCCGAAAGAAGUGUGAGGGGAGCCUCUGCUAUGACUUCUCGAACAUGGAGAAAUUCUUGAACCAGAGGUCUGUCAGGGAUGCACUUGGAGUUGGUGACUUAGACUUUGUUUCUUGUAGCCCUACAGUGUAUCAGGCCAUGCUGGUGGACUGGAUGAGAAACCUGGAAGUCGGUAUUCCUGCUCUUCUUGAAGAUGGAGUCAAGUUGCUAGUUUAUGCUGGAGAAUAUGAUCUCAUCUGCAACUGGCUUGGUAACUCAAGGUGGGUUCAUGCCAUGGAAUGGUCCGGUCAGAAAGAGUUUGUAGCAUCUCCUGAAACCCCUUUUGUAGUUGAUGGUUCAGAGGCUGGAGUGUUGAAAAGUCAUGGGUCUGUUGCCUUCCUCAAGGUCCACGACGCAGGUCAUAUGGUUCCUAUGGACCAGCCCAAGGCUGCGUUAGAGAUGCUGAAGAGGUGGACUCGGGGUAAACUUUCUGAAGCCACAGCCACACCUGAAUCAGAAAUUCUGGUUGCCGAGAUGUGAUGGCCUCCAUCCUGUGGUUUUUUUCACCCCAUUUUUUAAUUUCCCAAAUGUGCUUGUAAAUAAAUGUUUUACAUGCUCCAUCUUUCUGGUACUAAAACAGAAGUCUGGUCAGUGGCUUUGGUGAUUCGCCUUUUUGAAUAUACUUCUAAUGAUGCAACACUUUUAUGGGAACCUGCCUUUGGCAUAUAUGGGUUUUCUAA